AUGCGCGCCGUACGCGAACCUAGAAGCCAUGCCCAAGCCAUGCGAUCCCUCCGAGGCGGUGGAGGGGAUCUCGACGCUCGAGAGCCAGCUUUAAUCAACUUACCAAUACCACUACCAUUGCCUUCGAUACCCUUAUUGGCGCCGAUCUUGACAAAUGUAAUUGCGGGGAAGCCAACGACAUCGAGCACACCAGCAUCAACACCAACACCGACUCCCACCAGCAGUACAGGGGGGAACCAAAAUGGAGGGGGCACCGGAGGAAGCACCGGAGGAAGCAAUGGGGGUAGCACUGGAGGCAGCAGUGGGGGUAGCACCGGAGGAAGUAGUGGAGGAAAUAGUGGGAGUGACGGAGGAAGUGAGGGAAAUGGUACUGGCAGUGGAAGUGGUGGUAGCAAUGGCAGCAGUGAGACUGAUACGGGCGCGGCCAGCGGUGGUGACGGAGGGGGCGAUAACAAAGGCGGCGGAAAUCAAGGGGAUACUGGUGGGAUAGGCCAGCCGUCAAAUGCCAGUAGCACAGGAGGGAGCCCAAGCCAGAGCAGCAACGGGGAGAGCGCACAGGGGGGUAGCACAGGAGUUGCGGGCAGCAGGGGUUCUGAUGCUGGAAGAGGAGGCGGCGCGCCGACUUCGUCCAAUGGCGCAGGUGGACAGUCAGGCAGUUCCUCGGAUGAGGCAGGUCCCCCGGGCGUUGUCAAUGUAUCCACAGGCUCCUCAGAUGGCAGCGGCGGCAGCUCUCCGGAAAAUGGCUCCAACUCGGACUCUGGAACAAACACCAGCGGCCCGCACGCUGGAAGCGCUUCAUCCUCCUCGACAACUGGUUCAAGAGGAUCGAGUACCACGGUGAAUGGCAACGGGAGCACAGGAGAAAAUGACCCUCCUUUUGCUUCCGGUAGCAUUGCUGGAUCUUCUGGGUCCAGUGGGCUAUCCCCAGGCGCGAUUGCUGGCAUUAUAGCAUCACUGGUGAUCGUGCUCCUUUGUUUGUUGGUGUUCUUGCUUCGCCGUCGCUCUAUCGCCCGCCGAAGUCAGCGGAGAGAUCGUUGGUGGCAACACAGACAAGUUGAUUCCCCGGAAUCGACGCAAGCCACAGCUGGGGUUGGGAGCGGAACGGCUUCGGCUCGCAGCAGCUUCGCGACAACUUUCGACCAUGGUUUGUCGCCCCAUCUCACACUAGAUUUCGAUGCAUCGUUGAUACCCGAGCUACCACCUAUGGCCGAAAUACGCAACUCACCUAACAACAGCAGUCCGCUUACUGCACGAGGGCCAGUAUCACUUCGUCCACUACUCAUCAAUGUUGAAACCGAGCGCAGAGCAUCGGUCUAUAGCGCCCAUAGCGACAGCAGCGAGCAAGACGGCCAAUGGCUUGUCAUCCAUCCUACCAAUGUUCCUGCGAAGCCGAGGACCGAUUUACUAGCACCAGAUACAGCAACGCCAACUGAUAUGCCCACGCCUAUGUCCGUUCGGCCCUUCUCUCCUUCAGAGUCUUUCUCGUUCCCCAAACCACCUAUCAAGCGUUCAAGCAAAUGGUCGGAAAGCCAGAAAGAUUUCACUAGCCGACCGACCAGUAUGAAGUCAACUCGGUACAGCACUGUGACACGCAAGCCGGUACCGACAGUCGAGAAUCCGUUCGCCGAUCCAUCGGGAGAAAAGAAGGUAGCUGGAAUUGAGCAGGGCGAGUUCGCUGAAGUCGAAGUCAUUCAGAGACCCUUCUUCCCCACGCUCGGUGACGAACUUGGAGUCGGCCCAGGCGAUAAGGUCCGAGUUGUCCAGUCAUUCGACGAUGGCUGGGCGUUUGUCGAGAAGCUUGUCGAUGAUGGACAGACACAUUCCGGUCUAAUCCCAAUCGACUGCAUGCGAGCAGAACACCAAGACCUUCCUACCUUCCUUGCCACGAAAAGGGUUAGCAGUUACUCUAAUACUUUUGUAGCGUUAUAA